CGAGUCAGUUUUAGCCUUUCGAAGGUUCGUCUCUCACAAUCUAAUUGAUAAUUUACUCGAUUAGAGAAUUCGCGAGAACUGUGAUUAUAAUAAUUUUUAAAUAGAAAUCCGGGAUAAACAGACGAAGAACUAGAAAGAGAUCGAUUUUCAACUCGUCCUCGGUAUCGCACUCUGUGUCAGAAAAUAAUUCAAAAUUCCGGUUCCGACAAAAAGACGAGAUUGUGCCUACCCCGGUAGAAACGAGGCAGGCAAAAUGAAUACGAAAAGAAAGAACCGUGCCAAUAACACGACAAGAGAGGACCUAAAAAGUCGCCCAGCUAGUACGUUUGAAUCUGGAUCGCCCCGUUCACGUCCUAAUGAACGCUCAUUAUCGCUAGAUGGAGUUUACAACAAUUCUUAUUUUAUGAGCUCAGUGGCUAGUUUAGUUGGGAAUAAUGUCAAAAUUCAUACUGCAACAGCAUGUGUAUAUGAAGGAAUAUUUAGGACGUUUUCAGCCCAAUUUGAAAUAGUCAUAGAAAUGGCCCACAAAGUAGAUCUAAAUAACCCUUUUUUAAUAUCGCCAGAUACUCUAGUAGAUAAAAUGAUAUUUAAGCCCCAAGAUAUUAUGAAAAUUGAAAUUACUGAUACAGAUGUUGAUUAUGCGACAAGAGAUACAUUCCAAACGGAUACUGCAAUUAGUAAAUUUAAUGGCCAGGUGACAGAAAAAGAAUUAGAACCAUGGGACGGCUCUUCAUCGACGAGUAAUUUAAAUGAUGACUUUGAUCUUGAAGGCGCUACUUCAAAUGGCUGGGAUGUAAAUGAUAUGUUUCGUCAAAAUGAGCAAAUGUACGGUGUAACUUCUGAUUUUGACCAAGGGUUAUCAGCUUACACUACACCUCUUCAAAAUAAAGAUUCAAAGGAUUACAAAGAUGCUGAAGCAAAAGCGACAAAAAUAGCAUAUGAGAUUGAAAGUAAUCCUCAUUACAAACUUCGUGUCGAUUUGGAGAAUGGAGAUGAAGAAGAGAAAUUUGCCGCUGUAGCUCGGCCCGCAAACGCAGACAACAAUACUAGUUCAGAAGGUGUAAACAAAUACGUCUGUCCACCAAAGAGAAAAACUUUACAAACAACCAAAGUCGUUAGGACAACUUCGUCGGUUCCACAACAGACAGUGCAGCAGCAAAACCAGCCACAGUCUCAGUCUCAAACACAAUCUCAGGCCCCCCAAACACAACCACAAUCUCAACAACAACCACAACCCCAACAGACACAACAGUCACCGACGUCCCCGCCACAACAACAGACACAACUAUCGCCAACACAACAACCACAGAUGCAACAAUCACAACCACAGCAACUACAGACACAACAACAGACCCAACCAUCUACAACAACCCAACAGACAUCGUCAAGGCAAGAGCAAUCCCAACAAUCAUGUAAUAGUGGUAACAAAUCAUCCAAUUCACAAUCUAAUUACUCACACCAUGGCCCACCAAAUAGCCACAGUAACGCAAGGGAUAGGGUAAAUGGUGUUAUGGAAUCUCCAAAACCACAACGGACAAGUACACGCCAUGGCCGCAGUUUUAACAACAGCGAUAACAGAUUUUCGAAUGCCAAUGGAAGUUUGUCAUCCUCGAACAGUAAUAAUAGUAAUAGCAGUUGCAAUUCACAGACAAACUCUAUCGCUGAUAACAGAAACUCAGGUUCACACUCUCAUUCAAAUAAUUAUAAUAAUUCUUUGAACGCAUCAAAUACAGAUUCUCACCACAAGAAACCUCCCCUUCCUGGCAAUCAUUCAGUUGAACAUUCUGGUCCAAACCAUUCAAAUUCUAACCAGCGUAAGACAUCAAGAGGUCGAGAAGAGCAAUUAAACGACCUCAAAAAAUUUGGAAAUGAUUUCAAAUUGCAAAACGAUACGGACGAAGCUAAAAAGGGAAAUAAUGACAAUGAACAAACAGUCAACUCUAGGUCUUCUGAAUCUAAUCAGGAACACCAAAAUUCCAUGAGGUCAAUGAACAACACCAACAUGUCUCAAGAAGGCAAUGUUAAAGUGAUCAAAUCAAAACUAAACCCUAAUGCCAAAGAAUUCAUUUACAAUCCAAAUGCAAAACCUUUUACACCGCGGACAGCGAGUACUCCAAACCAGUCUCGCCCCCACACGCCACAAACUCCAGGUUAUGGUCCAACAGUGCCACCAAUGCCUGCUGUAGUAGUGUCAACGUACGUUGUUUCAACAGCCCAAUCUCCAUAUACUCAACCUCCGAAUCAACCUAACAGGUUUCGAAAAGUUCAAGUUGGUCAGCCUUCUCAGAUGCAAGUGGCUGCAGCAACUGGACAGCCGUUACUUACUACUGCUCCAAUGCAUACACAAUUUACUGUGCCUUAUUCACCUCAACCCCAUAUAACGCAGCAGCCUUUUCAACAGAUGGUGCGAAUGGUAGCCCAACAAGGUGGCGGUAUGGUUCCCCCGGUGAUCACAACGUUAAAUUAUCCACCUGAAGGCUCCCAGGCCCAGAUGCAAUACAUGGGCCCUGGGAGUAUGGGACCCCAUUCACAUCAUGGUCAUCAUCCGCCACAUGUUCAUCAAGCACCAAAUAACGCUUCGUCACCACAGGCGACCAAUAGCAACAAUUCGUCUUCGGGAGGAGGAGGUGGAAGUGGUAGCGGUGCCGCAAACGGAAGUGGAGUUCCUCCUCCCCAGUACCCGCCCGCUCCCGCUCCAUCUUACAGUCAGCCUCCCCCUCCACCGCCACAGGGACCCGGCGGUCCGCAUCCACCAAACGCUCCACCACACCACACAUUUCCUAUUAUGUGCCCAAUUUUACCUCCUCACCCUGCCACACACAAUCCACAUCAUAUGAUGGCAGCAGCUGCUGCCCAGUCAUCGGUGCAGCAAUAUAUACAUCAUCAUCCUCACCAACAUUCUACUUCAGGGUUCCAUGUCAAUCCAAGAGCUGUGACAUUUUCCUUGCUUCCAAGAUCCAGGCAAUAUUGUUCAUCAAGCUCCAAAGUAGGUAACCAACAGCCACAUCAUAUACAGGUCAUACUCCCGCAUAGUCAAUGAUGGCAACUUCACAAAGUCGAGAAGAAAUUACAUAAUAAAAAUGUAAUUCUCAAAUGACAGACACAAGCAAUGCAACAGUUUUGGUUUUAAAUGACAGCUGUUACAAGAAAAAGUGGUUGUUAACAAUUAAAACAAAUGUGAAUAGUACAGUUUAAAAUUUAUGGUACAAGCAAUUCAAUUGUCUUUCUUACCAUAUUAUUAGACAAUCAUUGUGAUUGGUUACGGUGAAAACAUAUUAAAUAAACAGUUUCAAUUAAAUUAUUUUAAUCAAAAUUGAGCAAUAAAUUAUUAUGCAUGUACAACUUAAUCUGCAACAAUUGUUUACUUUUAUUGCACAUUGCUCUGAGCAGAUGUAGAUGUGCCUGUUGAUAAUUUAUGAUAGAACAUUGUCAUAAUUAACUUCUCCCAUACCUUACAUGUUCGUUAAGUUAUAAAUAUGUAUGUAGCCUGUUUACUUGUAUUUAUUAUUUGACGUUUGUUAUCUUUAAUCGAUUACACAAAAUCAUGAACCACCCUAAUGGCUAUUCAUGAACAUUUAUUGGCUUGAACUAAGAAUACGUAAUACAUUGUAGAAUAGCUGUAAAAGGAAUCCUCAUGUUUAUAACCCGACCCCUAAAUAUAUUCAAAUUCCAAUCAAUGUUGAAAAUUAUUUGAGUUUUGUACUUUUAAUUUGAAUUGUUUAUUUGGUAAGUGUUUUCAUUAUGUAUAUUGUUAUGACUUAUGAAGGUAAAAGAGCAAAAAUGUACAGUUGCCUAACAAAGCCCUGUUUUCAUAUAAAUUUUCAUGAUUGAAUAGUUCCCUAUAGUGGUUCGGUAUCAAAUAUUUUUUGUAAAAUUAUGAAUAUAUUUUGUUUAUUUUGUAUAAUCACAUUUUUCUUGUUGGUAUGUAUAUUGUAUAAAAUUACAUAUAUUGCGCAAGUGGGACAAAAGUGAAAGGAAAAACUCAAAACGAUAGUGUUAAAUGUUCAAAAAGUGUUGAAUGUACAUAUAAAGAAUGCGUGUUGUAUAUACAACUUCAAUGAGUAAUAAGACAAAAAAAAAAGGAUCAAAGUUGGCAUCAAUCUAGCAAAAAUUUCAUAAAGUAGCUGAUCUUGUUGUGAUUUCCUUUCCUUGUAUUAUUGAUUGGUUACCAGCA